AUGGAGAUUAUCGAUAGGCCGCUCAGUGAACUCAUCAAGGAGCAGAAGAUUGGAGAAAGCCUGCGUAAGAAACGUCGUGGGCACGGCGGACAGCAGAAUACCCGCAACGGUGGGCGCGGCACAUCCCGCAACGGCCGUGGGAACAGAGCGAUGGGGCGUGGCAGCCGCGGCACCGCGGGCAACGAUCAGGGACGCCGUUAUCGCCGCCCCCUGCGGUUUCGCAGCAACGGCGGCCGCUUCCGUCGCCUUGGAAUUGGCUUCGACGACCGCCGCGGCUUCAAUUCCCGUUCCUGGCGCCGCAACGCACUGGACUUGGGCGACGAUCGACGCGAUCGCUCCGUGAAGAGCACCGCCACGCAGCGCCGCAGGAAGGCGGCAUUUGAGCGCAACGACCGUGUCAGGGAAUUGCGUCGGCGUGAGGCUCUCUCACGUGCCCGGUCGCGUUUUUCACGCGAUUAG